CGCGUUUGUCAACCAGCCUCCUCAUGGCCGACACUGGCAAGAGCGGAGGAGAUUUGGACGCGUUGUUGCAAGAGCACAAGGUGACGAUCGAUGCACUUCGUCAACGUCUCGGGGAUGCAUUGACGGACGAGUACGACGACAUUUGGCUGUUGCGCUUUGUGCUGAGCAACGGAUCGGCGGACGCCGCCGAAGAGCCAUGUCGGUUUACGAUUCAAUGGCGCAAGGAUCGCCACGCUAUGUUGGCCAAAAUCAAAUCGGGUCAGCAGCCACCUUUGCACCAUGAAGUGACCAAAUUCCAGGAAAGUGUCAUCCCACCCGUACAUAUCCCCGACGGUUUAUUACAGACACUCUAAUCGCUUCAUCUUGCCUACAGGUGGCCUCGGCGCACAAGUCCACGUCGUUGGGCGAGCCCGUGUUUUACGUGCGCAUUGGCUUGUGCAAUCCCCAAGCACUCAUGGACGCCGUUGCGUUUGACGACGUGGUCGAGUACUACAUGCUGUACAGAGAAAACCUCCUUGUCCAGUGCGACCAAGAAUCGCGCAAGCAGCGGACGCUUGUCAAGAUGUUGUCUGUGCUCGACUUUACGGGGUUCUCGAUCGCUCGAGGCCAUGAUACGCGCUUCUCGCAGAUGCUGGGCGCCACGAGCAAACUGUCCGAGAAAAUGUACCCGCAAUUGGUGGGCCGCACCAUCUUUGUCAACGCCCCCAGCAUCUUUCAAUGGGUGUUCCGCUUCAUCAAGCCGCUCUUAAGUCAGCGCACGGUGGCCAAGAUUGUCAUGUGCCCUGGCCAGUCGUCUGGACAGGCCCUGGCAGCUUGUCCGUUCGCCAAUCGGUACCUUGGCGUUGAGAAUAUCCCGACGUUUCUGGGAGGCAUGUGUCGCUGUGGGGGUGGGUGCUGCAUCGGGGGCGUCCCCAACUCGCAGACCACCCCCUUCAACUCUGUCGAUGCCGACGGCCUAUCGAGCAUCACACUCAGUCCGGGCUCAACACAAUCCUUGGACUACCCUGUCGGUGCUGGCAUGAGAGUGUCGUUCAAACUCGUAGCCGAAGGCAAGAUCGUCGAUGUUCAGGCCUUUGUCACUGCGAAUGCACGAGGAACCAAUAACAUCACGAACAACGUUACAGUGUUGUGGGAACGCCCCGAGUUGCAAGCGAGCGAUGGGGCCCAACAAGGCACAUGGAUGAUGCCCGUUGAUGGCACACUAACAUUGAAGAUUGACAAUCGACAUGCCAUGUUCCGAGGACGAAGCAUCAAGUUCAAACUGGACUUUGCCGAAGGAGAUCAACUCUAGGACGCUCGAAUGGACCCCAUCAGUUAUUGCGUCACUACAUACAGCAGUGACCUUUCAGUUCACGCUACAUAAUUUGCGAUUCCGGUACCCUUAAGGUUUCACUUAACAUAAAGUCCGCACGAGUUAUCCACGCACUUUGAUUGAAUACAGCACAAUUGACUUAAUAUAACACAACUUUACGAC